AUGUCUUCAUUGAAUGAUCUCGUGCAGAAUAAAGAACUUAUAUCCGGAACGCUUUUUACGGCUUUUCUCGGCGGAAUUGUCGUCGCCUGGCUUACCAACAGACGCUCCCGUAUUGCAACCCCUAAGGGCGUCAGUAGGGACAGACAAGCAGUGCCAGUAGAGGUAGCAGAAUUCGAGGCGUCUAUGACUAAAACAAAUAUUUAUAGGGUGAAGUGGGGCUCGUACUCAAAAGUGGCCUCUUAGCUGGUGAAAAGGAACGAUGGAUCGAGACAAUUUACCCGGAGGCGACCACUUUGUAUCAAUUGUUUUUGCGUGGAUUAGAGGUAAUCCUGGAAAUGAUAUUUACUAGAAUCUAGGUAAGCGGGAAUCGACGAUGUCUUGGGUACCGAGUCGAGAAAGAGGCCCCUUACACAUUCAUCAGCUAUGCUGAGACCUUUCGUAGAGCUCGAAACAUUGGAUCAGCCUUCAUUUCAUACCUUGGAGUAGAUCCAGGGAACAAAACAUUGAUCGGAAUCUAUGCCCAGAACUGCCCCGAAUGGACUAUUUCUUGUAUCGGAGCCAUUAGAUACUCCAUGGUUACAGUUCCCUUAUACGACACAUUAGGUGCUGAUGCAGCCAAGUUUAUUGUUAAAGAUACUGGAAUGCAGUAAGUGACAUAAUACUGUAAAACAUUACCCUUCAGGAUCAUCGUUGUUGACAAUGGUGCUAAAGUUCAAAGGCUUUUGUCCACGAUUGAAGAGACACCGUCUCUUAAACACAUUGUAGUCAUCAAAGAAUCUGAAGUCACUUCAGAACUCCUUGAAGAAGGUACAAAGAAAAAUGUCAAGAUCCACACCUUCUCUCAUCUCCUUCAUGUUGGGGAGACAGAUGUACAGCCUGACGUAGAACCCACACCUGAUGACAUGUUCAUUAUUUGGUAGGGGAAAUGCCCGAUUAAUACAACAACACUUUAGUUACACAAGCGGAACCACAGGCACUCCAAAAGGAGUCGUUUUAAACCAUAGAAACCUGGUGGCUAACGUGUCCGGAGUUAUAAAGACUAUGAGAGCAUUUCUUCCGGAAACCGAGAGUCCUGAUCAAGUAUCUAUCUCGUAUCUCCCGCUGUCCCAUAUGUUCGAACAAGUUUGCCAUUGGUGCUUAUUUGCCUUGGGUGGGUCAGUCGGCUAUUUCCGCGGAGAUGUCAGACACCUGAACAGUGAUAUGAAAGCGUUAAAACCGACCAUCUUCCCUACUGUACCCCGAUUGCUCAACCGAUUCUACGGAUUAAUUCAGGCAUGCAAAACCAAAUUUGACAAACAAUAAUUUAUAGAAACAACUCCAAGACAAGAAUCCAUUGAAAAGAGCGCUUCUCAAACUGGCUUACAACAAGAAGUUAUCUCAUGUUAAAGCCGGUAUUAUUGAGAACGACAGCAUUUGGGAUCGUCUUGUUUUCAACAAAUUCCAAGCCGAACUCGGAGGAAAUCUGAAGUUCACUGUAACUGGAUCAGCUCCGAUCAGUGAGGAAUGUCUAGAAGCCUGUCGAGCUGCCUUUGGAUGCCAUAUUCUGGAAGGUUACGGACAAACGGAAUGCACUGCUAUGGCUACUAUGACAUGGCCGGGGGAGAUUGUUGGAGGUCAUUGCGGAGGUCCAGCAAUUUGCUCAAAUAUCAAGCUGGAAGACGUCGCGGAACUCAAUUAUUUUGCCGUAAGUUAAAAAAAUAAUCGGGUAACCAAGGUUUCAGAAAGAUCGAAAGGGCGAAGUGCUAAUUAAAGGGCCUUGUGUUACUACCGGUUACUUCAACAACCCCGAGAAAACAGCUGAAUUAUUCGAUGAACAAGGAUACCUACAUACUGGAGACAUCGGUCACAUUUUACCUAACGGAACACUAAAGAUUAUCGACCGUAAAAAACAUAUCUUCAAACUGGCCCAGGUAUGCGUCGAAAGCCGUUUCCACAAGCGAAUAAAAAUGUUUCAAAUAUUUAGGGAGAAUACGUGGCUCCAGAGAAGAUUGAAAAUGUUUACGUUCAGUCAAAUUAUGUCCAACAAGCAUAUGUCGAUGGAGACAGUUUAGAACCCUACCUAGUCGCAGUAAUCGUUCCAGAAGCAAAAGAACUAAUUAAAUGGUAUAAAGCACAAACUGGAGAAGACAAGUCUCUCAAAGAAAUCUGCGAGGAUCAAAAGGUAAGCAAUAUUAUAAUAUCUGCGAAAACUCGUUUCAGUCAGCUUUAAAACACUUAUGAUUUCAGGUAGUUGAUCACGUUUUCGAACAAGUAAUCGAAAUUGGGAAGAAGAAUAAAUUGAACAGCAUCGAGCAGGUCAAGAAGAUCUGGCUCGAAUCUGAACCUUUCAGUGUGGAGAACGGACUUCUAACACCCACUUUCAAAUCAAAACGACCUCAACUUAGACAAAAGUAUAAGCAAGUUUUCGACAAAUUGUACGGAAAGUAA